GAUAGUUAGUGAUGGGCUGCCUCAGGGCUGAAACGCGCUUCGAGGCGCCCGCUGGCCAUCAGCAGCGACACGUAUUUUCACCUAAUGCUAUCGAGCCAGGGGCCUCAUCUGUUAGGCCGCUACCUGCCGGAGCAGUCGAUCCAGCAAUGCUCUGCAAGGUGAGGCAAUACAAUCGCCCGCAAAUCAUUUCCCAUGUGGUGGGGAUGCGUUAACAGGGCGGCCGAGAAUGUGGCUUGCUCCGGGAUGUACUUGGUAGGUAUCAGGUAUCUCGUGUUUUCGAUAAUCUCCGUCCAGUAAGUAGUACUUUUCGUUUCUCUCCUUCGCAUUCGUUUUGUUAUUCUCUUUCCUGAGGCUGCCGAAGCUUGAACUGAACGCCGCAAUACCAAUAUCCCUGCCUCAACUUCCCUAACCAUGGCGGCUUCCCAGCCGUCGCCACCGAGUUCUCCCCCAGGCGAUGGCGCUGCUGUCGUGACCGAGAGGGCGGUGUCGAAGAGCGGCUCACACACUGAGCUACCGGUGCACCAGGGCGAUGUUGCUGGAGCUCGCGAUGGAAACGGCAGGUCAUCCAAGGCGCAGCUGUUCAGCGUCAAAGGAGCUGGCGAGAGUGGCCGGUCUGGCAUCCACCCCCUUCGCUUCUUCCGCAUCGCCUUCCGAUCCUCCAGCAAGGUCUCCAGCAUAGUCAAUAUCCUGUGGCCCAUUGUCCCCGCCGCGAUUGCCGUCCGAUACGCCCUCCCCGACAACCACCUGACCAUUUUCAUCCUGGCGUACAUCGCCAUGGUGCCUUGCGCCAACCUCAUAGGCUUUGCGGGACAGGAGCUCGCCAGGAAGGUCCCCCACGUCUUUGGGGUCUUGACCGAGACGACCAUUGGUUCGGUAGUCGAGAUCAUCCUCUUUAUGGUCUUGAUCACCCGGCCCGAGGAUCCUAGAGUCGACUAUGUCCAAGUCAUCAAAGCUGCGAUCCUCGGAUCCGUCCUUGCCACCAUGUUACUCUGCCUCGGUCUUUGUUUUAUCGCCGGGGGGCUGAGGAGGCAUGAACAGACCUUUAACGAAGCUGUUAGCGAAGCUGGUAGCGGUCUGUUGCUGACGGCUGGCUUUGGUUUGGCCAUCCCAACGGUCUUCGAGCACUCCCUCAGUUCGUCGACGUUGCCCGCCGAUGAGUUGGAGUCCAAGUCGAUCGACAUCUCUCGUAUCACGGCCAUCCUCCUCAUCGUAGCCUACCUUGUAUUUAUCUUCUAUCAGACCCGGACCCACCACGGCAUCUACGACGCCAUCUUCGAGGAUGACGAGAAGAAGGACCACGACCGGGCUCGGGACCUCCGCAAGGAGAAGCUAACCUUCACCGAGUGCGUCGCCGCGCUGGCCGUCUCUGUCGCGCUGGUUACCAUCAUCGCCAUCGCGCUGGUCGACCAGAUCCACUACGUGGUGGAGGACCGGCACGUCUCGGACGCCUUCCUGGGCCUCAUCCUCGUGCCGCUCGUCGAGAAGGCGGCCGAACACCUGACGGCCAUCGACGAGGCCUACGACAACCAGAUGAACUUUGCCCUCUCGCACGUCCUCGGCGCCACCCUGCAGACGGCCCUCUUCAACGGGCCCCUCGUCGUCGUCGUCGGCUGGGGGCUCGGCAAGCCCAUGGGGCUCAACUUUGAGGUCUUCGACCUCGCCGUCCUGCUGCUCGCCAUCCUCACCGUCGGGAACUUCCUCCGCGACCAGAAGAGCAACUACCUCGAGGGGUUUCUCUGCGUCAUCGUCUACGUCGCCGUCGCCGUUGCCGCUGCCUACUACCCGAACCCGCCCGGGCCGCAUGGUGAGGGAGGUGAAGGUGGAGGGGCCGUCGAGGGCGGUCAUUGAGAACCAACCCCCCAACCAGACCCGCCCUUUUUUUUCGGUUUUUUCGUUCUCGAGACGAUCUUUUUUUC